ACCAACUUUAGCGCUUACUUAAACCUUAGCAAAGCAAUUUUCAAUUGGCUUUACAUUUUUCAUUGUUUAUUCGGCUGUUUUCUUACACUGUAGGUUAUUUUUGUUGAGGAAUGGAAUCAUACGCAAAAAAACAUGUUGCUUCAGCGCUUCUGAAAGCGAGCCUUCUGAUUACCAACCGGUACCCGUCCCGCAUGGUGAGAGCCUAACUUUCCAGCACCACAGCGACCACUCUGUGGGACCAUGGAGCCGUCCACGGCACCCGGCACUGAGCUGCGUGACCUUUACUCCGUGAUCCCGUUCAAUGUCACGUUCCCGGACGAUGUGAUGGGCUUCGUCCCUGACGGACAGAAUUACACCGUGCAUAACUCGGGGAGAAGCCCCGCAGGGUUCGUAAUGGCUAUCUCCAUCACCGCCCUCUACUCCGUUAUCUGCGUCGUGGGACUUCUGGGAAACAUGCUCGUAAUGUAUGGUGUAGUAAGAUAUACCAAGAUGAAAACUGCCACAAACAUCUACAUCUUCAACCUGGCUCUGGCUGAUGCACUGGCCACUAGCACCCUCCCUUUCCAGAGCGCUAAGUACCUGAUGAACACCUGGCCCUUUGGCGAGCCCCUGUGCAAACUUGUCAUAGCCAUCGACUACUACAACAUGUUCACGAGCAUCUUCACCCUGACCAUGAUGAGCGUUGACCGCUACGUUGCCGUGUGCCACCCUGUGAGGGCACUGGAAUUUCGCACGCCCGUCAAGGCCAAGGUCAUCAAUGUGUGCAUCUGGAUUCUUUCAUCUGCCGUUGGAGUGCCCAUUAUGAUCAUGGCAGUCACCAAGGUGACGAACCAAGGCAAAAUUGACUGCACUCUGAAGUUUCCUGAUCCUGACUGGUACUGGGACACAGUGACUAAGAUCUGCGUGUUUAUCUUUGCCUUCGUGGUGCCAGUCCUGGUCAUCACGAUAUGCUAUGGGCUGAUGAUUCUUCGCCUGCGGAGUGUUCGCCUUCUCUCUGGCUCCAAGGAGAAAGACAGGAACAUGCGUCGCAUCACUCGCAUGGUACUAGUAGUGGUGGCAGCCUUCAUCAUCUGCUGGACGCCCAUUCAUAUCUUCAUCAUCAUUAAAACCCUGGUGGAGAUCGAUCAGAGGAACCCCUUUGUCAUUGCGAGCUGGCACCUGUGCAUUGCCCUUGGUUACACCAACAGCAGUCUCAAUCCUGUCCUUUAUGCCUUCUUGGAUGAGAACUUCAAGAGGUGUUUUGGGGAAUUCUGUCUGCCAUUCCGUACCAGCGUGGACCGGAACACCCUUUCCAGAGCCAGGAACACCACCCGUGAACCGGUGUCAAUUUGUGCUCCAUCUGAGGUGGGGAAGAAGCCAGUAUGACUAGGCCUGGAACGGAUCCCACGAGGAUCCCGCUCAAGAAGGGUCCAGCAGGACCUGCAGUCCGAGAUCACCCAGAUCUCCACCACUGAAUUCUAGAUUAGUCUAGGCGUACAGAUUAAUAUGCUUGAGAAGAUUUUUUCGGCAACCAUAAACCCAAUCCUUACCUAAGCAUUUCACUACAAUAUUACAUCAGUUUGAGCUGUUUAUUGAUAGACAGUGAGUGUAUUUUGCAAGGUCAGCAAUGUAAAAACCUUGCUAAAAGAACAGUGGAUUUUCUGAUCAGUUGCAGCUGUAUCAGUGAAUUGCUUCUUCUAUAGAUCUCAGAAGUUCUGUGUUCACUUUAUUGCUCCUUUAGUCUUAAAUGGACUAGGGGUUCAUGAGUCCUACUUACAAUCAAAAUCAACAUAUCAUUCUAUGAAGGACAAGGAAUUACAUUAAAAGUCAUCAGCAUGCAACUUUAAAGUCAUGACUGAAAAUGAAUAAAAUAAGUGAGGAAAAAUCAUUUUCUUCACAGAUGAAAGGCACAAGACAGAUGAAUAAAGAUUCUUCAUUAGGCAAACUUCGGCUGUGCCAUAGUUUUGAGUCUUUGAUGCAUGGCAAGCGCUAUAAAAAUAUCACACUAGGCCAAGUUCCAGUCUGUAUGAACUGAUUUGAACUGAAAGACUGUCACCUUCCGUAACAGGUGAAAAUGGAUCAGAAUACUAUAUUUGUGUUUCCCACUUUCUCUAAAAGAUGGUAGACUAGCAGUCUCUGGGGGAAAAUACUGCAAAAGACAACUGUGAUUUGAUUUCAGAUCCUACAAAACCCUGAAGACUUUUAUACUCCAGGGAUAACAUGACAAUAUUUCUUUGGAGCACAAAGGAACAGUCUCCGAUAUGAACAGAGAAAACACAAUGUGACAAGACCUUGAUAGCUUCAAACCGAAAAAUAUCUGAUGUGCUAUCUGAGCCUUCUUGUGCUGACACAAAUAUAUGAAUGUGCUACACUACCAGUCAUUAAAUAUGAAGAAAACCUGAGGAUAUCAAGCUCCAACAGGUCCAUGCCACAAUAAAGUGGCUGCAAGCCUACUGCCUCUUUAUUUUCCAUCUAUGAACAUAUAUUUUACAGAAUAUUUACAGGCUAAUUGUAACUGUGAGCGGUAAAGAGGCGGCCACGUGCGGAGAAGAGCGAAAUUUAUUAUGGGCAAAUCCAAAAUCAGAGUCAUUGUAGUAGUCCAGGAUCAUAUUACC